UUUACAAUCAAUCACAGAGAAUGAGCGGAGCAGGGAAGGUGGUUGGUGUGACGGGAGCUUCAGGGUACGUAGCUUCAUGGCUGGUGAAGCUGCUGCUUGAGCGGGGUUACACUGUUAAAGCUUCCGUUCGUGACCUCAAUGAUCCAGACAACAUAGAACAUUUGAUUUCACUUGAUGGAGCCAAGGAAAGGCUUCACUUGUUUGUUGCUGACUUGAUGAAAGAUGGAUCAUUUGAUGAAGUGGUUGAUGGAUGUGAAGGUGUUUUUCAUACUGCAUCUCCAUUCAAACCUGUAGUUAGUGAUCCAGAGGCAGAAUUGUUGGACCCUGCGGUAAAGGGAACUCUGAAUGUGCUACAAUCAUGUGCAAGAGUUUCAUCUGUCAAAAGAGUGGUAGUGACAUCUUCUAUAGCCUCGGUUGCAUACAACCGAGAAGCGAAGGAUGGUGUUGUAGUCGAUGAAAGUUGGUUUUCAGAGCCAUCAUACUGUGAAGAACGCAAGCUCUGGUAUGUACUUUCAAAAACGUUGGCAGAGACUGCUGCAUGGAAGUUCUCAAAGGAGCAUGGCAUUGAUAUGAUUACAAUUCAUCCAUCAUGGAUCAUUGGUCCUCACUUGCAGCCUUCUAUCAAUACAAGUGUGCAAUUGAUCCUGAGCCUACUAAAUGGGGAUGAAUCAUUUCCUUACGCAAAUUUUAGAUGGGUUGAUGUUAGAGAUGUUGCCCAUGCACAUAUUCUUGCCUAUGAAAACCCUUCUGCAAGUGGAAGAUAUUGUCUUGUUGAGAGAGCUGCACACACCUCUCAGGUGAUCAAGAUUUUGCAAGAACUUUAUCCUACUCAUCAUUUUCCAGACAAGCUUUCACAUGACAGCAUCCUCAUUAAUCCAGACUACUCAGUAUCCAAUGAGAAGGCAAAAGCUUUGGGAGUUCAGUUCAUUCCUUUGGAGGAGAGCCUAAAGGAUACUAUUGAAGGCUUCAAGAAGAAGAAUUUAGUCAGUAUUUAGGCCAUGGCAUCAAGUUUUCUAGUUGAAUUGUUGUUUGAAUAAUUGAGGAAAGCAGUUUUCACAUUCUCAGACCUUUUUUGUUCUUAUUUCUCCCCUUGCUGGUGCCAGGAUUGCAAAAGGAUAUUGCCAAUCUAGAUUGUAAUAAGUGGUAAAAUCAGUUGAUUAAUAU